UGUGCCAGUCCCGGCAGGCCACACACACACAGCGCGCUGGCUGGCGAACAAAGCUCCUGGCACUGCCAAUGAAGACAAGCCAUGCCUCCGCGCUUAGCCUCUCCUCUUUUCUCGCCGCCGUGAGGGGAAGGCAUGACACCAUUGUCGUCGCCUUUCCUUAUCAGCAACACGACAGUUUGUAGGGGGAGAGGAGUUGGUCUUGGUAUAUAGUGGAAUAUUUUUUUGCCUUUCCUGCCGCUGAUGAGUUGAGAUGCUGGCGGAGCGCAGAGAGAACAGCAGGGCUGCCUUUGCCCUGACAAAGCCGCUGAAGAUGAACAUGGUGAAAAGGAUCAUGGGGCGGCCAAGGCAGGAGGAGUGCAGCCCCCAGGACAACGCGCUGGGCCUGAUGCACCUGCGACGCCUCUUCUCCGAACUGUGCCACCCUCCUCGCCACAUGACCCAGAAGGAGCAGGAGGAGAAGCUCUACAUGAUGCUUCCCGUAUUUAACAGGGUGUUUGGGAAUGCUCCACCCAGCACCAUGACGGAGAAGUUCUCCGACCUGCUGCAGUUCACCACCCAGGUCUCACGGCUCAUGGUGACUGAGAUCAGACGGAGAGCGUCUAAUAAAUCCACAGAGGCAGCCAGUCGAGCCAUAGUCCAGUUCCUGGAGGUGAACCAGAGCGAGGAGGCGAGUCGUGGCUGGAUGCUUCUGACCACCAUUAACCUGCUGGCCUCCUCUGGACAGAAAACGGUGGACUGCAUGACGACCAUGUCUGUACCCUCCACGCUGGUCAAAUGCCUCUACCUGUUCUUCGACCUGCCUCACAUGGCCGAGGCCCCAGCAGGCCCCACCCAGCAGCCACCGCCGCCGCCGCCACCCACCCAGGAGAAGAUCCCAAGCCAGGGACACACCCAGCAGGAGCUGCCCCUGGCUGACCGCAGGGCGCUGCUCCAGAAAGUCUUCGUCCAGAUCCUGGUGAAGCUAUGCACCUUUGUGUCUCCGGCGGAGGAGCUGGCCCAAAAGGACGACCUCCAGCUGCUGUUCAGUGCCAUCACCUCCUGGUGCCCCCCCCACAACCUGCCCUGGAGGAGGAGCGCUGGGGAGGUGCUCACCACCAUCUCCCGACACGGCCUCAGCGUCAACGUGGUCAAAUACAUACAUGAGAAGGAAUGCCUGGCCACGUGUGUUCAGAACAUGCAGCAGUCGGACGAUCUGUCACCGCUGGAGAUUGUCGAGAUGUUCGCCGGCCUCUCCUGUUUCCUUAAAGACUCCAGCGACGUGUCACAGACUCUGCUGGACGAUUUCCGAAUGUGCCAGGGUUACGCCUUCCUCUGCGACCUCAUGCUCAGACUGGAACAGGCCAAGGAGGAUGAAUCGAAAGACGCACUGAAGGACCUGGUAAACUUGGUCACCUGUCUGACCACAUACGGGGUGACGGAGCUGAAACCUGCCGGCCUGACCACCGGAGCGCCCUUCCUGCUGCCUGGCUUUGUUCUCCCCCAGUCUUCUGGGAAAGGUCACACAGUGCGUAACAUCCAGGCCUUUUCGGUGCUUCAGAACGCCUUCUUGAGGGCUAAAACAAGCCGUCUGGCCUCAAUGCUCCUGGACGCCAUCGGAAACAUCUACUCGGCCGAGCCGGCCAACUACUUCAUCCUGGAGUCGCAGCACACCCUGUCACAGUUUGCAGAGCGUGUGGCCAAGCUCCCCGAGUCUCAGGCCAAGUACUUUGAGCUGCUGGAGUUUGUCGUCUUCAGCCUCAACUACGUGCCGUGCAAAGAGCUAUUCAGUGUCAGCGUGCUGCUCAAGUCCAGCACGUCGCACGCCUGCAGCAUCACGGCCGUCCGGACGCUGCUGAAGCUCGCCAGGCACGAUCCGGUGUUCAGCGACGUGCUGCGGGAGGUUGGCCUGCUGGAGGUGCUGGUCAACCUGCUGCACAAGUACGCUGCCUUGCUCAAAGACCCGGCUACGCAGCAGCAACCACACAAUAAUGACCAAGCUGACUGUAAAAACAACACCGUAGCAGAGGAGCAGAAGCAGUUGGCCUGGCUGGUGAUGGAGACACUGACUGUGCUCCUGCAGGGCUCCAACACCACCAACACUAAUGCAGCUCUGUUCAGGGAGUUUGGCGGUGCUCGUUGCGUUCACAACAUUGUGAAGUACCGUCAGUGUCGGGAACACGCCCUCCUCAUCAUCCAGCAGCUCGUCCUGUCGCCCAGUGGAGAUGACGAUAUGGGAACACUGCUGGGCCUCAUGCACUCCGCACCAUCCAGUGAACUACAGCUGAAGACUGACAUACUGCGGGCUUUGUUGGCAGUGUUGCGUGAGAGUCACCGCACCCGGACCGUGUUCCGCAAGGUGGGCGGCUUUGUCUACGUCACCUCUCUGCUGGUUGCCAUGGAGCGCUCACUGUGCCAGCCACCUCGACACGGCUGGGAGCGCGUCAACCAGAACCAGGUCUUUGAGCUUCUGCACACCGUCUUCUGCACGCUCACCGCCGCCAUGCGCUACGAGCCGGCCAACUCGCACUUCUUCCGCACAGAGAUCCAGUAUGAGAAGCUGGCAGAUGCUGUCAGGCUGCUGGGCUGUUUCUCAGACACUAAGAAGCUUGGUCCCACAAGCGUCUUCCCCUCCAACGCUCAGCCUUUCCAGAGGCUGCUGGAGGACGAGGCUGUUCCUGGAGGCUGCGCAGGAGACAGCGUGUGUCCAACGCUCAAACACUGCAGCAAGCUCUUCAUCUACCUGUACAAGAUGGCCACCGACUCCUUUGACAGUCGUGCGGAGCAGGUGCCUCCCUGCCUGACUCAUGAGACCUCGCUGCCCUCGCCUUGGGGCACGCCAGCACUCGCCAGGAAGAGACAAGGCUACUACGGUACGUCGGGCCCUCCCGCCCCGGUCAAAGCCCUGACAGACCUGAAGCUCCACUUGGCCAACACCUCCCACCCCGCCUCCUCCUCGUCUUCGUCCGACAUGGUGGUCAUCCACCCAGGGGCCGUCCUGGCCAUGCUGGACCUGCUGCCUUCCGUCUGCUCAGACAGUCAGCCAGAGCACGCCCUGGACCUGCAGCUGGCGGUGGCCAACAUCCUCCAGCUCCUGGUGAACAGUGAGAGGAACCAGCAGGUGCUGUGCGAAGCGUGCCUCCACCAGCGGCUGCUGCAGCGCUGCAGUCAGGCCCUGGGCGACGAGGACCAUCCGUUGCACCCUCCGCUGCAGAGGAUGUUUGAGAGGCUGGCCUCACAGGCCCUGCAGCCGAUGGCACUAAGGGAGUUCUUACGUCUUGGAAACCCUCUGAACUGCGGCGCCUGGGACAAGAAGCUACUGAAGCAGUACCGGGUUCACAAACCGAGCUCUCUCAGCUACGACGCAGAGAUGAGAAACAGUAUGACCAUGUCCAUGGAGGGCUUCGGUCCAGACAGCGUCUUCGCCACGCCAGCGGAGGACAACGGCCAGUAUCGCAUCAGCCGCAGCCUUGUGCGCUCUGCAGAGGGCAGCACCGUGCCCCUCACUCGAGUCAAGUGCCUGGUGUCCAUGACAACGCCCCAUGACAUACGCCUCCACGGAUCGGCGGUCACGCCUGCAUUUGUGGAGUUUGAUACAUCGCUGGAGGGCUUCGGGUGCCUGUUUCUGCCCAGCCUGGCGCCCCACAAUGCUCCCACCAACAACACCAACGCCUCAGGUGUCAGCGACGGAGCCGUGCUGAGCGGGAUGGGAACAGGAGAGCGCUUGUUCCCUCCUCCGUCAGGCCUGAGCUACUCCACCUGGUUCUGCGUGGAGCGUUUCAGCACAGCUCCUCAGGCCCACCCGGUGCGACUGCUGACCAUCGUCCGCAGAGCCACGUCCUCGGAGCAGCACUACGUCUGCCUGGCGGUGGUGCUGUCUGCCAAAGACCGCUCGCUCACCGUCUCCACCAAGGAGGAGCUGCUGCAGACCUACUCGGAUGAGUCGAGUGAAGAAGCCUCUUUCUAUGAGAUCCUGCCCUGCUGCGCUCGUUUCCGCUGCGGCGAGCUGAUCGCGGAGGGCCAGUGGCACCACCUGGUGCUGGUCAUGAGCAAAGGCAUGCUGAAGAACAGCAUGGCCACGCUGUACAUCGACGGCCAGCUCAUCAACACCGUCAAGCUCCACUACGUCCACAGUGCACCGGGCGGCUCCGGCUCCACCAACCCUCCUGUGCUGAGCACUGUGUACGGGUACGUGGGGACGCCACCUGCCCAGCGCCAGCUCUCCAGCUUGGUGUGGCGCCUGGGGCCCAGCCACUUCCUGGAGGAGGUCCUGCCCGCCACCAGCGUCGCCGCCAUCUAUGAACUGGGACCCAACUACGUGGGCAGCUUCCAGGCCGUCUACCUGCCCUGUAAAGACUCAAAGACAGAGGUAGCACCAGCCUCCCCAGUGGCGUUGGUCCCAGAGGAGAAGGUGUCCUUCAGUCUCUAUGCACUCUCUGUCUCCACUCUCACUGUGGCCAAGAUCAGGAAGGUCUACAACAAACUGGACAGCAAAGCCAUCGCCAAACAGCUCACUGUGUCCUCUCAUGAAAACGCCACUCCAGUCAAGCUCAUUCAUAACGCCGCCGGCCACCUCAACGGACCAGCUCGUACCAUCGGCGCCGCUGUCAUUGGAUAUUUAGGUGUCCGUGCCUUUGUGGCCAAACCUGUGGCCACCAACCUGCAGUAUGUGGGCGGGGCCGCGGCCAUCUUGGGCCUGGUUGCCAUGGCGUCAGAUGUAGAGGGGCUGUACGCAGCUGUCAAAGCUUUGGUGUGUGUUGUGAAGAGCAACCCGCUGGCCAGUAAGGAAAUGGAGCGCAUCAAAGGCUACCAGCUGCUGGCUAUGCUACUCAAGAAGAAGCGCUCGCUGCUCAACAGCCACAUCCUCCACCUCACCUUCUCUCUGGUGGGAACAGUCGACAGCGGCCAUGAGACCUCCAUCAUUCCCAACUCCACCGCCUUCCAGGACCUGCUCUGUGACUUUGAGGUCUGGCUCCACGCUCCCUACGAGCUCCAUCUGUCUCUGUUUGAGCAUUUCAUCGAGCUGCUGACGGAAUCCAGCGAGGCGGCUAAAAAUGCCAAACUGCUGAGGGAGUUUCAGCUGGUCCCAAGGCUGCUGCUGACUCUGAGAGACACCUCACUGUCCCAGCCGACCGUAGCUGCCAUCAGCAACGUGCUCAGUCUGCUGCUGCAGGGCUUCCCCAACCAGUAUGAUCUGCUGAGGUUUGGCCAAUUCAUCUCGUCCACUCUUCCAACAUUUGCCGUGUGUGAGAAGUUUGUGGUCAUGGAAAUAAAUAACGAGGAGAAGAUCGAUGGAGGUAAUGACGAUGAUUUCGGCGGUCUGCUGUCAGCCAACCUCAUCCUGCUAAGGAACCGACUGCUGGACAACCUGCUCAGACUGCUCUUCACCACCAAAGAGAAGUGCACCGUCAAUGCCCAAGCGUGUGAGGAGCUGGUACGGACGCUGGGCUUUGAUUGGCUCUUGAUGUUCAUGGAGGAGCACCUUCACUCCAGCACGGUCACGGCAGCUCUGUGGAUCCUGGUGGUGCUGCUCUCCAACCAGUCCAUCCUCAACCGCUUCAAAGAGGGCCUGUGUGGAGGCGGCUGGCUCGACCACACCGACUCCGUCCUGACUAAUAAGAUCGGCACAGUGCUGGGCUUCAACGUGGGCCGCAGUGCUGGUGGGCGCUCCACGGUGCGAGAGAUCAACCGGGACGCGUGCCACUUCCCAGGACUGCCUGUGCUGCAGACGCUGCUGCCCAAACACACCAACGUGCCAGAGCUCUACUUCCUGCUCAUGGCGCUGUUCCUGCAGCAGCCUGUCACGGAGCUGCCAGACAGCCUGCAGGUACAUUUUGACCUGGACUCCAUCUGGACCUUCAUCUUUGGCAUACCGGCCUCUAGUGGGACCGUAGUGGGCUCCAUCCACAAUGUGUACACCGAGGCGGCCUUCCUGCUGCUGGCCAUGCUGCGCAGCAUGCUCAACCUGCCGUGGCAGUCAGAGGAGGAAGGCUCCUGGCUGAGAGAGUACCCCGUCACCCUCAUGCAGUUCUUCAGAUAUCUCUACCACAACGUGCCCGACCUGUCACCCAUGUGGCACAGCGCCGAAUUCCUCUGCGCACUAGCAGCGACCGUCUUCCCUUUCAACAUCAGGCCGUACUCUGAGAUGGUCACUGAUUUGGACGACGAGGCCGGAUCUCCCACUGAGGAAUUCAAAGCCUUCGCCGGGGACUCGGGUAUGAACCGCAGCCAGUCUGAGUACUGCAAUGUAGGCUCUAAAACAUCACUGACCAACCACCCUGCCAAAAAGUACGUCUUUGACUUCAUGAGGGUCCUGAUCAUGGACAACCUGUGCAUGACCCCGGCCAGCAAGCAGACGCCCAUCAUCGACCUGCUGCUGGAGGCCUCCCCGGAGCGCUCCACUAGAACUCAGCAGAAGGAGUUUCAAUCCAACGUCCUGGACGGCGUCAUGGAGCAUCUUCUGGCUGCUGAUGUCCUUCUAGGUGAAGACGCCUCUCUGCCUCUCAGCAGUGGAGGCAGUUAUCAGAUUCUGGUCAACAACGUCUUCUACUUCACCCAGCGGGUGGUGGACAAGCUGUGGCAGGGCAUGUUCAACAAGGACUCCAAGCUGGUGGUGGACUUCAUCGUGCAGCUCAUAGGACAGUCUAAGAGACGUUCCCAGGGUCUUUCCCUCGACACCAUCUACCACUGUCUGAACCGGACCGUGCUCUACCAGCUCUGUCGACCUCACAAGACGGUAGCUCAGCAGGUGGCCCUGCUGGACGCCCUGCGGGUCCUGACUGUCAACCGCAACCUGGUGCUUGGGCCAGGCAACCACGACCAGGACUUUGUGGCCUGCCUGGCUCACUGCUUCAUCUGUCUGCACAGCGGAAGUAGCGUGGAGGGCUUCGGUCUGGAGGCGGAGGCCAGGAUGACAACCUGGCAUGUCAUGAUGCCCACGGAGAAUGAGGCUGACGCUACGCACAGCCAUGAUGUCAGCGAGGGGCGGCAGCUGCUGCUGAAGGCAGUGAACCGGGUGUGGACGGAGCUGAUGCACAGCAAGCGUCAGAUGCUGGAGGACAUAUUCAAAGUGUCUCUGCCCUGCAACGACAGAGGCCACGUGGACAUCGCCACGGCCCGGCCCGCCUUGGAGGAGCCGGCACUGAAGAGCUGGCAGAACCACCUAGUCCAUGAGAAGAAGUGCAUCAGUCGUGGUGAGGCAGUGGCACCGGCGACCCAGUCCAAACUGUCCAGAGUUAGCAGCGGCUUCGGCCUCUCCAAGCUGACAGGCGUGCGCCGCAACAAGAAGGAGAACAGCCUGAAUAAGAACAGCCUGUCUGCUCAGGAGACGUUCCAGUGGAUGUUCACGCACAUCGCUGUUGUUCGAGACCUGGUCGCCAUGCAGUACAAAGAAUAUCAGGAGCGACAGCAGAACGCCCUCAAGUACGUGACAGAGGAGUGGGCGUCCAUCGAAUACGAGCUGCUGCGUGAACGGGGCCUCUGGGGCCCGCCCAUCGGCUCCCACCUGGACAAGUUUGUGCUGGAGAUGACGGAAGGGCCCUGCAGGAUGAGGAAGAAGAUGGUCCGCAAUGACAUGUUCUAUAUCCACUACCCAUACAUCCCUGAGAUGGAGCCAAACACCAACUCAGCGCAGAAGCCUCUCCGUUACCGGCGAGCCAUCAGCUACGACAGUAAGGAGUACUACGUCCGCUUGCUGUCUGGAAACCCCGGCAUGUACCAGCACUCUGUGGAGCACACCACUGAAGGAGAGACCACACAGCAUGAGCCCGAGCACGGAGAGGACACCAUCGCAAGAGUCAAAGGCCUGGUGAAGGCUCCUCUGAAGAGGUCUCGGUCCACAGCGGACGGGGCAGACGAGGACAGUCAGGAGCAGCUUCAGGAGCAGCUGUUGGAGUCAGGAGGCCCCGAGGAGGAGCAGAGGACCGACAAUACGUCUCUGCUGCGCCUCCUGGAGGAGGGAGAGAAGAUUCAGCACAUGUACCGCUGUGCCAGGGUUCAGGGUCUGGACACCAGCGAGGGUCUGCUGCUGUUUGGGAAAGAGCACUUCUACGUCAUCGAUGGCUACACCAUGACCGUGUCCAGAGAGAUCAGGGACAUCGACACGCUGCCCCCCAAUUUGCAUGAGGCCAUCAUCCCCAGAGGAGCGAGACAAGGACAGAGCCAGCUGAAGAGAACCUGCAGCAUCUUCGCCUACGAGGACAUCAAGGAAGUGCACAAGAGACGCUACCUGCUGCAGCCCAUGGCGGUGGAAGUUUUCUCUGCAGAUGGAAGAAACUACUUGUUAGCAUUCCAGAAAGGAGUCCGCAACAAAGUUUACCAAAGGUUCUUGGCGGUGGUGCCUUCACUGGCUGACAGCUCCGAGUCAGUUUCAGGCCAGAGGCCCAACACCAGCGUCGAACAAGGAUCGGGGCUCCUCAGCACGCUGGUCGGUGAGAAGUCAGUGACUCAGAGAUGGGAGCGAGGAGAAAUCAGUAACUUCCAGUACCUGAUGCAUCUGAACACGCUGGCAGGACGAUCCUACAACGACCUGAUGCAGUAUCCCGUCUUCCCCUGGAUUCUAGCUGACUAUGACGCAGAGGAGCUGGACCUGAACAACCCCAAGACGUUCCGUAACCUCGCCAAGCCGAUGGGUGCCCAGACUGACGACAGACUGACGCAGUACAAGAAGAGAUACAAGGACUGGGAAGACCCCAACGGUGAAACCCCAGCGUACCACUACGGCACCCACUACUCAUCAGCCAUGAUCGUAGCCUCUUACCUGGUCCGGAUGGAGCCCUUCACACAGAUUUUCCUCAGACUUCAGGGAGGUCAUUUUGACCUGGCUGACAGGAUGUUCCACAGCGUGCGUGAAGCUUGGCUCUCCGCCUCCAAACACAACAUGGCCGACGUCAAGGAGCUCAUCCCUGAGUUCUUCUAUCUGCCCGAGUUCAUGCUCAACUCCAACAACUUCGACCUGGGUGCCAAGCAGAAUGGCACCAAGCUGGGUGACGUCAUCCUGCCACCUUGGGCCAAGGGCGACCCCCGGGAGUUCAUCAGAGUCCACAGAGAGGCGUUGGAGUGCGACUACGUAUCGGCCCACCUUCAUGAAUGGAUCGACCUGAUUUUCGGCUACAAGCAGCAGGGUCCACCGGCCGUGGAGGCGGUCAACGUCUUCCACCACCUGUUCUACGAGGGUCAGGUGGACAUCUACAACAUCAACGACCCGCUCAAGGAGACGGCCACCAUCGGCUUCAUCAACAACUUCGGACAGAUCCCCAAACAGCUGUUUAAGAAGCCCCAUCCUCCCAAACGGGUACGCAGUAAAGCCAACGGUGACAUAGCAAGCAUCCCUCCGAGCUCCAACAGCGACAAGAUCUUCUUCCAUCAUCUGGACAAUCUCAGACCUUCUCUAGCACCUGUCAAAGAGCUGAAGGAGCCUGUGGGACAGAUCGUGUGCACUGAUAAGGGCAUACUUGCUGUGGAGCAAAACAAAGUCCUGGUUCCCCCCACCUGGAGCAAGACCUUCGCCUGGGGCUACGCCGACCUCAGCUGCCGUCUGGCUAACUACGAAUCUGACAAGGCGCUGGUGGUGUACGAGUGUCUGUCAGAGUGGGGUCAGAUCCUUUGUGCCAUAUGUCCAAACCUGAAGCUGGUUAUUACUGGCGGCACCAGCACCGCCAUCUGUGUGUGGGAGACAGGAACCUCCAAAGAGAGGGCCAAGUCACUCACGCUCAAACAGGCGCUGCUGGGCCACACGGACGCUGUGACGUGUCUGACAGCGUCGUCAGCGUACCACAUUGUUGUCAGCGGCUCGCGGGAUCGAACCUGCAUCAUCUGGGACCUCAACAAGCUUUCCUUCGUCACGCAGCUCAGGGGACACAGGGCGCCCGUCUCUGCUCUGUGUAUCAAUGAACUGACGGGGGACAUUGUGUCCUGUGCGGGCACAUAUAUUCACGUGUGGAGCAUUAACGGCAGCCCCAUCGCCAGCGCCAACACCUUCACAGGGCGCAGCCAGCAGAUCCUGUGCUGCUGCGUGUCGGAGAUGAACGAGUGGGACACGCAGAAUGUCAUCGUCACCGGACACUCGGACGGCGUUGUCAGGUUCUGGAGAAUGGAGUUCCUCCAAGUCCCAGAAACCCCUGCUCCAGAGCCAGUAGAGCCAGAUGUGCCUGACUGCUGUGGCGAGGAGAAGAUUGAGGGUGGCGAGAGUCACAACGGCGAUGAGGACAGCAGUGAGUCGGACGGAGACGAGCCCAGUCUGAGCCAGGAGCCCAAAGCACCACGUAACCCCUCCACAGGUGGAGGCAGCCAACCAGGCAGCACCGUCCACAGACCCAGAGGUCCCUCAGCUCGAGCAGGAGCCUCGUGGUCGAUGGACAGCAGCUCUGACGACUCUCACCGCUGGUCAGACACGCUCAGCAUCGACGAGAAGGACGGCUUCGUGUUCGUCAACUACUCUGAGGGCCAAACUAAGGUCCCUCACCCUCACUCAGCUCACCCAGGUCAGGGCGCAGUGCCGCAGCCUCUCCAGCCCUCCACCAUGGACGCACGGACGUAUAACCAGCUCAGGGCCGGCUACAGAUGGGAGCGCCAGCUGGUCUUCCGGAGCAAACUCACCAUGCACACGGCGUUUGAUCGCAAGGACAAUGCUCAGCCCGCAGAGAUCACAUCCCUCGCCAUCUCCAAGGACCACAGUAAGAUCCUGGUGGGCGACGGUCGCGGUCGGGUCUUCAGCUGGUCAGUUAGCGACCAGCCGGGCCGUUCGGCGGCCGACCACUGGGUGAAGGACGAGGUGGUGGACAGCUGCUCCGGCUGCACAGUUCGCUUCUCCCUCACAGAGCGACGCCACCACUGCAGGAACUGCGGGCAGCUCUUCUGCCAAAAGUGCAGUCGCUUCCAGUCAGAGAUCAAACGGCUGAAGAUCUCGUCACCGGUGCGAGUUUGUCAGAACUGUUACUACAACCUUCAGCAUGAGCGAAGCGCCGAGGACGGCUGCAGAAACUGAGCUCCACCCGCCACCUCCACCUUGCCCCGAGGACUCCUUCCUGAGGAGCGUUUCAUUCCUCCGACUGCCUUGUUCCCUCGACACCUCCCGUAUAAAACGCUCUCCCUCCAAACCCCCCCUUUAUCCUCUCGUACGUCCAGUAACCACAUGUACUGUAACACACUGACAGACUGUAACCGCAGGGAGGGAGUGUCGGCUGGGAGAAAACGAGGAUAGCAGAUCGAAAGGAAACUCAAUCACCACUUUGACCACCUGCACUCACCUGGAGGAGGGGAAAAAAAAGAAGAAGCAAAAACACCGUCGACGGCGACGCGGCACGCUUGAAUCAAUCACCCGCCAUUUUUGCUUUGAGAUCAAGAACCAGGAAAACUCCUCCCUCUGUCACCUGAAGACACAACAGACUUGUGAAUAUUGUAAAUACGUACCAUGGCCUUUUUAACUCUCACGAGGAACCAACUCAGAACAAAAAAUAAGGUCAAUGAGAAAAAAGAAAUUGCCUGUAACAUAGCGUUGUGACUAACCACUCCUGGCUUUAAAAAACAAAAUGUGUGUAGUCUGCGUCACGAGUCACGGCGAGUCCAGAGGAAGGGAUAUGAAUGUCAAUAAUUAAUGUCUGUGGGUUGACUUCACCAGUGGGUCUAGUUAUGCAAAAUCUUUUUAAGUUCCUGAUCAGUUUUUGUUGUUGUUUACAGAUAUAUUUUGUGAGUGUGUUGCCCACAGUGUCAAACCAUCGCCGUCACACAGAGAUUUAUUAUCACAUCCCUUUUUUCUUUUAUUGGCCAAAUUGUUUUGAUGAAUUAUGACGAUUUUUUAAAAACUAUUUUGUCCUUUUUAUGAAUUCCCAUUUGUAGGAUUUUGUUGUUGUUGCUGCUGUUUGAAGACUGGACACGUUAUCAUUUCAGAUUUUAUUUUUAAACCAUAUCACUCCGUUAAUUUCAAGAUUUGUUCUGUGAGAGAGGAAGCGCCACGCGUUCAUCGUCUGUGAAAAAUACGAAUUAGCUAAAGAAGUUGCGUCUCUUUCAUGGAGCCUUAUGUAGUUACUGUACAGCGUCACUGCAGCUUUCUGAAUGCACACGAUAAAGGGACUCUUAUGUUUAUUCCUGUUUUUAUUUUCUGUUCUUGUCGGUUUGUGUUCAGGUUUGUCGUCUGCAGACGUUCACUCUGACCCUGUGGCAUUAUUACAGCACAUGUGGCACUCCACACUUUAUCAAGUCCUCGUAGAGGAUGUUAAACUGCAGGAGCAGCAGCUGAGACAGAUGAAGAUGUAAAUAAUCAUUUUAACCAUGAAAUCAUGACAUUACCUUACACAGGACAAAAUCCACUCUAAAAUUAUAAAAAGAAUUUCAUGGUGUUUUGUCUACAAAGUCAAAUACAUUCACACAGUUGGACAGACUUUUUUUUUUUUUUUUUUUUUAGGUAAAAAUGUAUUUUUUGUAUUUUAUCAAUUAUGUGCCCUCCUCAUGCUUUCUAAUGUGCAUAGUUUCUUAAUCAAGUAUGCUCAGAAAACAUUUAAAUAUAUCCACGAUUUCAGCAAGUUUAAGAUUAAAUCAUUUACUUAUAUUUUAUUGGCUUAAGCUCAUUUUUGUCAACUGAUGGAUUUGGUAACACAAAAAUUUAGUUUUAUUCUGUCUUUAGGGGUCAAAAAUAUGUCAGAGAUACGUAGAAAUCACCUGUGGAUAAAUCUAUGGGGUUUAAUUUGUGCCAAAAAAUCUGAUUUUGCACAUUUGUUUGUGAGGGCUUUUGUUUCCUUUGAGUUUGUCUGGUUAUUACCUCUGCUGUUGUGUCACUGUCCAUUCUAGAGUCUUCCCAUAAAUUCAUUUUGGAGCAGACAAAAUGAGACGAGACAAAAAAACCCAACACAAAGUCAAAAAAAGGACAAGGACGGUAUUAAAGAAAAAGACACGAUGAGACGUCUCGUCAUCACGUUGAAGUCAGAGAAACAGACGAGCAACUGCAGGGAUAAUGACACAACGAUGACAAAGCAAACGCAGAUCAGUGUUUUCUUUUUUAAUUACUACAACUUUAAGCAACAUCAGUAGUUGAGGACAAAAUGUAAAAGCAACCAUAUCCUCCUGAGACCCUGUGUCCUCAUGAGGACAUCACAUUUUGGGUUUACUGCACCUUAUAUGUCAUUCUGCUUAACUUAGACGUGUUGUCCUCGUCUAGUGGACAAGGUCCAAAACCUGAUCACUUUAUAUGGUUGACGUUUAUUUAUGAUUAAUAAUGUUUGUAGUUUGAUAUGGCAACAAAUUUGACCAACUUAAGCAACAUUAGGACUUAAUUAUCAUCUCAUUGAGGACAUUUGGACUUUAUUAUUGUUGAUGAUGGUUAGUUUUUAUACUCAUCAGGUCCUUCUGAUCCCAAAUAGCUAAGAGAAAUUAAAAAUGCAUACCAAACAAAAGUUCGGGUCUCAGGAGGAUAUUUAACUUUUUUAUCUUUAUUUCAUCUUUUAAAUUAUCGUCAACAAGAAGUUUGAACAAUAGCAAGGAGAUGUGUAAACUCAAGAUCCACGAGCAGUACACGUUAAAACAACAUGUUUGGCACAGAUUGACCCCCAUACACGCUGCCACGUUCAUCGUUCAAUGGAAGUAACUUAAAAGUUUGUCAUGAAUUUAUCGCCGUAAAACUGGAUGGCUGCUGCUGCUGCUGCUGCUGCUGGGGUUAACAGUCGGACAUUAGUGUUUUUGUUUUCAUGUAAAGUCUGCACGUUGUUUUCUCUGUCCUCGUCUCUCUCCGUACAUGUGUCGAUGUUUAGUUCGUGGUUCUGUGGGCAACAACUGUGCAUUCAAGCGCUGCUUCCUUCCUUUAUUUCCCAGAGAUCUUUUUGUUGUUUCCCACUCGUCUUCACAGAGUCUCAAACCUGUAAAAAAGAAAAAGAAAUCACAUGUCAGAUUAAAUCUCCACCCCCACAGCUCCCUGACGUCCUGAUAAUAAUAUGCACUCGUUAUUGUCCUUAUAUCAUUCUGCGUUUACGUACUGUAACUUAGCGUGCAAUCAUGCCACCUAGCUGAAAAGGCCGAGUCGGCUCCUAUCAAUCAAGAGUUCCUUCGCACCUUCACGUGUACAAAAAGAAAAGUCAAGAGGAAUCACAGGUUUUUAUUGAAUGCAGUUUUACGUUGUCAUUUUAACAGGAAGGUGCAUUUCACAGCGGAUAAAUGAACUGUACAAAGUAUUUAUGCAAUUAUAACUGGUUUUAGAUUUUUUUAAUGAUUAUUGCGAUUUCAGCAAGUUUUGUUACUUGUUGCAUGUCUAUUAACACAGCUGACUUUCUGUGUCAGUGCAUUGUACAUGUUCUCGGCAUUAUAUUUUGUUGGGUUUAUUCUUUUUGUCUUUGUUUCUCGGAGGCAUUGUCUGAUGAGUUGUCCUGAGCGAGCGACAGGUUUGUGUACAGAGCCGGAGAUCGUGUCCCCAACUCUGGGUGGACUUUUGUACUCUUUAUGGAAAAAAAAUAAAAAAUUAAGGACUAACGAGAGACGACGAAGAAGACGAAGAAAAAAAAGAGAAAUCCUGGAUUAUUUUGGUGGUCUUGUAUUAGACUGCAUUACUACAGUAUCUGGUGUGCAAUCUGUGAUAGCUGAAUGUUCCUUGUAUAUUUGUGUUCACUACAUCCUACAAGAGAAAAGCAGUAGAGUAACCCCGCCCCUCCUACAGAAGCAAAUGUUACAAUAAUGCAAUAGAUCUGGUACUUAUUCUUUUUAAUUUCAUUUCAAUAAAUAAUUGCUGUUUACC